CCCUCCCCUACCCCCUCCCUGCAGGUGACCCUUGUCCAGCCUUGCCUGCCACAAGAAGGCUGGGUGCCCCUUCCUCUGGUGUCUUGUCUCCUGUUCUGCUGUCAGCCCUGUGACAGGACUUCCAUUGCAUCUGAAGGCUGAACUCCCGACUCAGGAAUCUCUUAAAGUCCACAGUGAGGACUUCCAGGGACCUGUGGUGACACCUCUCACACUGCCAGCAGGGGACACAAUCCUCAGCAUGCUCAAAGGGAAAUAGAAGUCAGAACCAGAGCCUCUAACCCGUACCCCAGUGAUGGGGCCCCCCGUGCACCAGCUGUUGGCUGGCCUGUGCAUGGGGGUGGUCUUGGGCUGGGUAGGAGGCUCAGCCCCCAGUCUGGGCCCAGCUGAACAGGAACAGAACCACUACCUGGCCCAGCUGUUUGGCCUGUAUGGCGAGAACGGGACACUGACUGCAGGGGGCCUGGCCCGGCUUCUCCACAGCCUAGGGCUGGGCCGAGUUCAGGGGCUUCGCCUGGGACACCAUGAGCCUCCAACUGGGCGGGCAGCACCCCCAAAUGGCGACAAUUUCACACACAGACUACAGGAACCAGAGCUGAGCGUUCAUGUCUGGGCAGGAAUGCCUCUGAGUCCUUCAGGCUGGGGUGACCUGGAGGAGUCAAAAGCCCCUGACCUGCCCCACGAGCCAGGGCCCUCCGGCCUAGACCUCUUUCACAGGCUUCUGCUGCUGGACCAUUCGUUGGCUGACCACCUGAAUGAAGAUUGUCUGAAUGGUUCCCAGCUGCUGGUCAACUUUGGUCUGAACCCUGUUGCUCCUCUGACCCCUCGUCAGUUUGCUCUGCUAUGCCCAGCUCUGCUUUACCAGAUUGACAGCCGUGUGUGCAUCAAGACUGCAGCUCCAGCACCUCCAGGAGACGUACUGUCUGCCCUGCUUCACAGUGCCCUGGCGGUCCUGCUAAUCAGCCUCCCUGCUCCCCUCUCCCUGCUGCUGCUGAGGCUCCUGGGACCUCGCCUGUUGCAGCCUGUGCUAGGCUUCCUGGGGGCCCUAGCCGUGGGCACUCUUUGUGGGGAUGCACUGCUACACCUGCUGCCUCACGCGCGAGGAGGGCAGCACACAGGACCUAAUGAGCAACCAGAGGAGGACCUGGGUCCGGGGCUGUCAGUGCUUGGUGGCCUCUUCCUGCUCUUCGUGCUAGAGAACGUGCUAGGACUGGUGCGGCACCGAGGGCUCAGGCCAAGAUGCUGCAGGCACAAAAGGGAUCUUGGAGAAUCGAACCUUGACCCAGAGGAUGGCAGUGGGAUGGUCCUUCGGCCCCUACAGGCAGCUCCAGAGCCAGAGGUUCAGGGCCAGAGGGAGAUCAGCCAGUCCUUGCCAACUCCAGCCCUUCCUGGGCACCAAGGCCACAGCCAUGAGCACCAGGGUGGCAGCGGCACCAGCAUUGCGUGGAUGGUCCUCCUGGGAGAUGGCCUGCACAACCUCACCGACGGGCUCGCAUUAGGUGCUGCCUUCUCUGCCGGCUUCUCCAGCGGCCUCAGCACCACCCUAGCGGUCUUCUGCCACGAGCUGCCCCAUGAACUGGGUGACUUUGCGAUGCUGCUUCAGGCAGGGCUGUCCUUCCGGAGGCUGUUGCUGCUGAGCCUCGUUUCUGGAGCCCUGGGACUGGGGGGUGCAGCCCUUGGGGUGGGGCUCAGUUUGGGCCCUGUCCCCCUCACUCCCUGGGUGUUUGGGGUCACGGCUGGGGUCUUCCUCUACGUGGCCCUUGUGGAUAUGCUGCCAGCCCUGCUCCGGCCUCCUGAGCCCCUGCCUGUGCUCCACGUCCUCUUGCAGGGGCUGGGUCUGCUGCUGGGGGGCAGCCUCAUGCUUACUAUAGCCCUGCUGGAGGAACAGCUACUGCCCGUGGUUCCUGAUGGCUGAUGGGGGCCAGUGGCAAAGGAUCCAGGUUGCCCUUCCUUCCCCCCAACCACAGGAACGGAGGCCGGACACAGGGCCAGUAGGAGCAAUAGGAUUUUAAUAAACAGAACCCAACCCAAA